AUGUAUGCAAAAGUUUUCCUUUCUACUGAUCAAAACCAAACAAGUAAGCCAAAAAAAACAAUGAGAUCAAUCACAUCAGCAAUUGGCUUGCUAAGCCUAUUGGUACUAUUUCCAUGUAUAAACGCGUUUUACUUUUACAGCAAUGGCGGAGAACGCAAAUGUUUCUACAAAGAGCUUUCCAAAAACACGCUAUUGCAAGGCGUGUACAGUGUUCAGCAGUGGGACGAAGGACUCGGAGCUUAUCGUACAGCCAAUGGAAAUGAGAUCUCCGUGGUAAUUGAUGUUGAAGAAGCUUUCGACGACAAUCAUCGCGUUGUUCACCAGAAAGGACUCGCUGAAGGAGACUUUACUUUCACAGCUCUCGAUACUGGAGAACACAAAAUAUGCAUCCAGCCCCAAGCCUCUGGGUGGCUUGCCAAAGUCAAGACCAAAGUUGAUCUUGAGUUUGAAGUCGGUUCAGACUCAAAGUUGGAUUCUAAAAGGAAGAAAACGGUUCAGACUUUGCAGAAUAAGAUUCAAGUGUUAAGCGAAAAAGUCGAAAAGAUCAGAGAGGAACAGACUUUGGUUAGAGAAAGAGAAGCUAAUUUUAGAAAUGCUUCUGAAUCCGCGAAUUCGCGUGCCAUGUGGUGGACUAUCAUUCAAACCAUUGUUUUGGGCGGUACAUGCGCAUGGCAACUAAGGCACCUGCGCUCGUUUUUCGUAAAACAAAAAGUAUUGUAA